GGGAAUCGUUCGCAUCGUCUUAACACGGAAUACAACUCAUUCGUUAUGCCUUGAAAGGCCCCAAUCCACGCCUGCUCCUGCUAUAGCGUCCAUCAUGUCCUCUCUCGGCGGUGAGCGCAAAGUCUCUGCCUCCCUGAGCCGCUCCAUCCGCGGCACGACCCCCCGUCUUGCAGACCUCGCAUCCACCCCCGAAUCGCCGCGAACACCGCUCCUGCGCUCGACGUCCUCCCUCUUCGGCUCGCCCGGCGGCAGCUUCCGCACCGAGGACGAAUACGUAGUCCUGGAAAUCGGGUCGCGAUUUGUGCGCGGCGGGUUCCCUGGCGAGAGUACGCCCCGGUGCACGCUGUCUUUUGGUCUGGAGGAGCAGCGCAGGAUGGGCGACUAUCGACAGUGGGACCCGGAGUAUGGACACAAGAGACGGAAGAGGAAGAGGGGGGAGGAGUGGGGGCAGGACUAUGAGUUGUAUAGGUUGGAUUUAGCACAGGUUGAUCUGGGGCUGGUUGAGGAUAAGUUCGAGCGGGCUAUGAGGGAGGCCUAUAACAAGUACUUCCUGCUGGAUACGAAGCCGAGGCGGAUAUUGCUGGCGCUGCCCCCGAAGAUGCCGCACUCGCUCAUGUCGACGAUACUGGACGUCCUGUUUGGAAGCUUCCAAGCGCCAAGCAUCAUGCUCAUGUCAUCCCCGGUCCUGUCGACAGUCGCGGCGGGAUUGAGGUCGGCAUUGGUCGUGGAUAUCGGAUGGGCGGAAACACUUGUCACCGCCGUAUCCGAGUAUCGCGAGGUACACGAACGGAGAACCACUCGAGCAGCUAAACUCCUCAGCGAAGAGAUGGCAAAGUUACUAAAUGCUGCGUUGGCUAAUGACGUUGAAGACGGGUCUCCCAAGGCGGACGUAUCCUUUGAAGAAGCGGAUGAAGUUUUAACACGGGUUGGCUGGUGCAAGUCAAAACCCAAAUCCAACCGCAACACACUUUACUUUCCCGCGCGUACCUCGCCCAUCCUCGAGGAAUUCGAAGACGCCGUGGAAUCGCCUGAACCGUCCGUUACCAUCCCCUUCACGCGAAACACGCCGCCGACCGAAAUCACAGUCCCGUUUGCCUCGCUUGCUAAGCCCGCCGAAACCUCCCUCUUCGCACCCGGCACCGCACUGAACGAAUUCGACGACGACGAACUACCCUUGCAUCACCUAAUCUAUCGCGCCCUCCUCUCCCUCCCCAUGGACGUCCGCCGCUUAUGCAUGUCCCGCAUCAUCAUCACAGGCGGUGUCUCUGCACUUCCGGGCCUCAAAACACGCAUUCUCGCAGAAGUCGAAGCCCUUGUCCAGCAAAAAGGCUGGGAUCCCGUCCGUAGUUACGGUUCGGCCAGUGCACGCCAUGAGCAGGUUCUCCGCCAGCAAAGAGAGAUUUUCGAACUGCGACGCCAAGAAGGGGAAGACAAAGUCUCUGAAUCGCUUGAUCCAGACGCCCCGCUCCCCGCUGGCCUACAAGAUCCGGAAGAAGAUGCGAUCGACGCAAAACUCGCUCACCUUGCGCUUCGUAACGGCGCUCCACCUUCUUGCUCGAUCGGGGGAACGAUACGUGGUGUUGAGACGCUGGGUGCUUGGGCGGGCGCAAGUCUUGUAGCGCAGCAGCGGAUCAGAGGAAUUGUGGAGAUUGAGAGGGAGAGGUACCUCCAGCACGGUCUUCAGGGCGCCAACAGAGAGAAGGAAGUUUCUGUCGUGCCGCAGCGACAGAGCAUGGGGCCUGGUGUUGUGAGAGGAGCAGGAGAACGAGCGAGUUGGACCCUGGGUGUGUGGGCAUGAGGUACGUGCUCCCAUCUGAAAGAUGCUUCAUUUAGCGUUCAAGCGUAAUCCGAUACCCUCGCGAUUUAUCUUACAUUAUCCGGAGACUUUUGCGCGCUUUACC